AUGGCUGCUAUUAUGAGAAAACUGAGUCAUGCUAUGGCUUCAAGUGCUGUUCACGGUGAUCGUGAUGACCAUGAAGAUUUUAGCACAGAAUUGGAAUACUCAUUUGCAAUAGAGUACCGUGGUCCUCCUUUGGCUUAUGAUAUCCCAAAUGCAGUUCCUGUUGAUCUUGACCAAAUCCCCACUGCUGCUCCAGUUUCUUCAGCCUCUCUCUUGCACAAUUUAUCACUCCCAGUGAUUCAACCGAUUGCAAAAUCCAACCCUUCUAACAAGAAACCCAGAGAAGAGGCAAAACUUGAAAGUGAAGCAAAGCCAGAAAAGGCAAAUUUUUCUUCCAAUUCAGUGGCCCCUGUUGCACUGGAAUAUAAGAAUGGAGAAAAGGAUGUCUCUACUUUAUCAGAUAAACUUGGAAGCUCUGGGAAAUUGGGUUUCUCUUGUAGGCUCUCUGGAAGCUUGGAGGAUGUGUUGGAAUUACCUGAUGAUGGUCAAGAAGCUCAAGGCUUUCAAAGUUAUAUGAGCCCUGGUAAUUGGGGAUCGUCAGAGUCUGGUUCAAGCUCACGGAGUCUUUCCUCUGAGGUUUUCUCUGGUAGAGAGGAAGCUGGCGGGGAUGAAACGCCUCACCAUGUUAAAAGGCCAUCAACUGUGACUUUUCGCGAUCCUGAUUCGAAUGACAUAGUUCAGGAAGAAGAAUUUGAACUUUCUGAUAGGGAUGAAAAUGUGCAGGUGAGGCCAAGGGUUGAGAGGAAUGGGACUAAAGGCUCGUGCUUUCGAUGUGGGAAAGGAAACAGAUUCACUGACAAGGAGGUUUGCAUUGUUUGUGGUGCAAAGUAUUGUUUUAAUUGUGUGCUGAGAGCAAUGGGUUCAAUGCCAGAAGGAAGGAAAUGUGUUACUUGCAUUGGUUUUGGGAUUGAUGAGUCAAGGCGAAAGAAGCUGGGAAAGUGUUCUAGGAUGCUCAAGCGGCUUCUCACUAAAUUGGAAGUUGAACUGAUAAUGGAAGCCGAGAUAUCUUGCCAACCAAAUCAACUUCCAGGAAAUCUUAUUUUUGUGAACGACAAACCUCUUUCACCAGAUGAGCUUGUUCGAUUGCAAGGUUGCAGAAACCCACCAAAAAAGCUAAAACCAGGAUGCUAUUGGUAUGAUAAUGUAUCUGGGUUUUGGGGAAAGGAAGGGCAUAAGCCUUGCCAAAUUAUUAGCCCCCAGCUGAAUGUUGGAGGACACAUAAGGCGAGAUGCUAGUAAAGGGGAUACAAACAUAUUGAUAAACGGUCGGGAGAUUACUAAAUUAGAGGCCUUCAUACUGCAGUUGGCAGGAGUCCCAUGUGAAGGAAAUCUUCAUUACUGGGUGAAUGCAGAUGGGUCCUAUCAGGAAGAGGGAAUGAAUAAAGUAAAAGGAAAAAUAUGGGACAAGACUAGUAUAAAGCUGGUUUGUAACGUCUUGUCGUUGCCAAUUCCUUCUGAUUGUGCAAAUGUUUCUGCGGAUGAAGUGAACACCCAGAACUCCGUUGAAGAGAAAAUGCCUAGCAAACUUGUUCUAGUUGGGUAUCACAAAUCUGGCACAAGCACUAUAUUUAAACAGGCCAAGCUUCUGUAUAAUGUUCCUUUCUCUGAAGAUGAGCUGCAAAAUAUAAAGUUCAUGAUCCAAAGCAGAUUGUACAGUUAUCUUGGUAUACUGCUUGAGGGGCGUGAAUGGUUUGAAGAAGAAUGUUUGCUUGAGAAGAGCAAAGGAAAAGGACAGCUUCUAGAUGAACGUGGCCCUUCGGGGAAUGCAAGCCGGCUUAACAAUAAAACUAAAUAUUCCAUUGGCCCAAGACUGAAAUCUUUUGCAGAUUGGCUCAUCAAAGCUAUGGUAUCCGGUAAUUUAGAAGCCAUAUUUCCAGCAGCUACUCGUGAAUAUGCACCAUUCGUUGAGGAGUUGUGGAAGGAUCCUGCUAUUCAGGCCACAUAUGACCGGAGGAAUGAAAUAGAAAUGCUACCCAGACCAGCCACUUAUUUUCUUAAUCGGGCUGUUGAGAUUUCAAGGACAGAUUAUGAGCUCUCAAACAUUGACAUCUUGUAUGCUGAAGGAAUCACUUCAUCCAACAGCCUUACUAGCAUGGAAUUUGCAUUUCCCAUGUCAGAAGGAAAUAGCAAUCUGGAUCCUCCCUAUCAGCAUGACCCUUCUUUAAGAUAUCAACUCAUUAGAGUGCAUCAUAGCAGCCUUGGAGGAAACUGCAAGUUGGUGGAGAUGUUUGAAGAUGUUGAUAUGGUCCUAUUUUGUGUUGCAUUGACAGACUACGAUGAGUUGUCUGUAGAUUCUAAUGGCAUUUCAAUGAACAAGAUGAUGGCAAGUAAGCAGCUCUUUGAAAAUAUUGUUACUCAUCCGGCCCUUGACCACAAAGACUUCCUCCUGAUACUCAACAAGUUUGAUCUGUUCGAAGAAAAGAUCGACGAAGUUCCUCUCAGUCGAUGUGAAUGGUUUCCUGACUUCAAUCCAGUGACCAGCCAAAAUCCCAGCAGCAGCAAUAAUAAUAGUAAUAACACCACAUUGGCUCACCGAGCCUUUCAGUAUGUUGCAAUGAAGUUCAAAAGACUCUUUCGUUCUUUAACAGAUAGAAAGUUGUUUGUUUCACUGGUUACGGCAUUAGAGCCUGACACUGUAGAUGAAGCUCUCAAAUAUGCUCGUGAGAUUCAAAAGUGGGACGAAGAGGUACCCAGAUUAGUUAAUGAGUUAUCAUCUGCUAGCAUUGAUGCAAGUUCUUCUGCGUAA